AUGAAUCGUUUAUUAAGUCCUAACCGACUUUUUCUCUCACAAAAAUUGGCUAACGUUACCAAAAUGUCUUUUCAAUGGGAACAUAAUCCGCCUAUACCAUUGCCCGAAAACGCAGUGGGAAGAUUUGCUAUGAUUCGUUUGCCGGAUUACAGAGGUUCGAUGAGAUGGAUGAGGGGAAUGAUAGUUUCUCGUCAAAAAACAUUUGUGGAGGUUUUCGUUAUCGACAUUGGAGGAAAGGUUGCGAUGCCAUUUUCAAGCCUUUUCAAAGUAGGUAUCGAAUGGAUUCCGAUUCCACCCCAGGCUUUCCCUGUUCGCCUUAUCAACUCGUCGCUUCAAUUGUCUCCUAUUGAUGUGAAUCAACUACUCUGGAAAAAGGUUAACGUGAGAAUCGAGUCUUUCGACGAGACGGAUUUUCUCUGUGACGAGUUAAAAUUUUAUACAGUUGAAAAGGAUUUGGUUGAUUUGAGUGAUAUUCAGGAUAAGAAGUUGGAGAGCUUCAUCAUAGAUAAAGAAUAUAAUGCUGGUGGCAAUUUUGAUCUCAUUGGCGGUAGAUCAACGAAUUCGAAGAUUCGAUGGUUACAAGAAAUUCGUGCUGUACUCGGGUCAAUACGAACUGAAAUCGGCGCCGGUGCACAGGCGGCUGCGUUUGAAGCGGCGCGGUUUGAGAUAACGGUUGGGAUCUGUAGGAAAUACCUGCGAUUCUUGUGGCAUCAAUGGGAUUAUGCCUUGCUGCAGUCGCAAUCGCUUUCAUUAUAUUUGUGA